AUGAAUCACCUAGGAGGUAACUCCAAUUCCACGUUCAGCUCCAAAAGUCACAAUCCCAAUUGUGCAACUAGAAGACUCGAUAUUGGGGCUAAGGGAAACUUGGCGCGUCACCUUAUUGAAUUGCUAGCGGUGAUAGUGCUCCCUGAUGCACCUCAAUCACUCGCAGAAGUUGAUGCGCGGCUCGCAGAUGGCCUUCCUUGUAUUCCCGAAAAGUUGAUGCCAACAGAUGCUGAUUUUGAUGCAUACCGUACUAUUGCUGAAAAGGGUCGAAAAAAAGCUCUUUUACUCCCGGUAGAAAAGAUUCAUUCAGCUUUCAAGGUGAUUAUUUAA